AUGAACCAACCCGAUACCGGCGAGUCGCCAUUGAACAUCCCUGGCGCCAAUUUCGGGCCAGGCCAGGAGGAAGCGCCGGCUCUCGACGACUUCGAUACGCAAAGCCGUGCAAGUUCCCGUGAACCCGGUGGCACGCAACCAGGCGACCCCGCGCCAGGGCUGGACAAUGACACACUCGACAACCAACGAGACGAUGCCGGCAAUGGGCCCUCCAAUUUUGAAAACACGAACGAAGAUGACAAACCGGUUUGGAGCGAGAUGAAGACCAAAGCCGGGAAGGAGCGGAAACGCCUGCCGCUGGCUUGCAUCGCAUGCCGCCGCAAGAAAAUCCGCUGCUCGGGCGAGAAACCCGCCUGUAAACAUUGUACCCGCUCGAGGAUUCCAUGCGUGUACAAAGUCACUACGCGGAAGGCGGCGCCGCGUACGGAUUAUAUGGCCAUGCUGGACAAGCGACUAAAGAGGAUGGAAGACCGCGUGAUUAAGACGAUCCCCAAAGAAGAGACGAGAGAUAUGAUCUCUAUUGGCAGGUCAACCGUCAAGCCUUCUAUCUCGGGACAGCCGUCAAAGGCACAGAGGAAACGAAAUGCGGAGGAGGCAUUUGCGGCGGAAAUGCAAGAAUGGACCCGUGGAGGCGCCCGCCCGCCGUACGAGUCGUUCCCGAUGAAUCGCGAAGUCAAGUCCAGCGACGGAAGUGGGCUUCUGACCGAGGGAGCCGAGUUUUUGCCAUCAUUGGAGAUUCAGGAGCAUCUCUCGGAGGUGUACUUUGAUUGUGUCUAUGGACAGUCAUACCUUCUAUUACACAAACCCAGUUUUAUGCGACGGCUUAAAGCAGGCACAAUUCCCCCGGUUUUGACCCUUGCUGUUUGCGCCGUAUCUGCACGCUUCUCCACACAUCCUCAGCUUAAUUCAGACCCGCCGUUUUUGCGUGGAGAAAACUGGGCUAACCCUGCUGCGGCUAUCGCUCUCAGUCGGCACGAUGAGCCGAACAUUACAAUUCUUACUGUUUUCCUCCUAUUGGGUCUCCACGAGUUUGGAACCUGUCAUGGUGGACGGAGUUGGUCCUUCGGGGGCCAAGCAUUAAGGAUGGCAUACGCAUUGCAGCUCCAUCAGGAACUUGAUCAGGAUCCAUUACUAAGUCAGAAAAACAGCAGUGGCUCGCAGCUGAGCUUCACCGAUCAAGAGAUCCGGCGGCGGACUAUGUGGGGAUGCUAUCUGAUGGAUCGGUACAACUCAUCUGGGAGUCAACGCCCGCCAAUAGGGAACGAGAAAUUCCUACAAAUCCAGCUUCCUAUCAAGGAAACUCAUUUCCAGAUGGAGAUUCCUGGUCCAACGGAAGAUCUCGACGGAGAUAUCAUCAAUCCCAUGCCCGAAGACGAAGGCCAACUGUCUAAUGCCAAGGAAAACAUGGGUGUAUCAGCGUAUAUCAUUCGCGCUAUCGUCAUUUGGGGGCGUAUUGUCGACUAUUUCAAUCUGGGUGGAAAAAGAAAGGACAAACAUCCACUCUGGCAUCCUGACUCGGGGUACAUGGUGCUCAAGAAGCAAAUUGAAGAGUUCUCCAUAUCGCUUCCGGCCCAUAUGGUUUUCAACUACGAAAAUCUACAAAUCCAUGCAGCGGAGAAGGUUGCCAAUCAAUUUAUUUUCCUCCACAUCGUCACACAUCAAAAUAUGCUAUUCCUCAAUCAGUUCGCCAUUCCUCUGUCUCCAGGAGGGCGGCCACCCAAAGAUAUGCCGAAGCCUUUCCUCAGCAAUGCAGGCAGAUCUGCGGUGGAGGCGGCGCAUCACAUCUCAGUGCUUUUUGAGCGAGCUUCAGCCUAUCCCCUCACUGUUCCUUUUGCUGGAUACUGUGCUUAUUCGGCAAGCACAGUCCAUAUCUGGGGAAUAUUCUCGAAGAACAUGCAGCUCGAGGCCAGGUCAAAGGAGAACCUCCGGCAUACCUACCGUUACCUCAACAAAAUGAAAAAGUACUGGGGCAUGUUCCACUAUAUGGUUGAGAGUGCUAAGGAUCGGUAUCGGCAAUUUGCUGAUGCGGCGAUCAAGGGCUCUGUGUCAACUCAAAAUGGCACAACGCUAACACCCAUGUUCCAAUAUGGUGACUGGUUCAACAAAUAUCCCCAUGGAGUGUCAAGAUCCCACUGGGAAGACCCGGAUAGCCGACAAAAGGAGACAGGCGAAGACGCAGUGAUGGGCCAGAAACCUGAUCUUCAGAGCGUGGAAGACUUCUUUGCAAGCCUAUCACCCACACCACAGCCAAGUUACCCCCGCAAAUCGCGAUCUCGCGAGAACAGCAAAUUAUCAGAUGGUAUGCCAGGCUUGGACCAGACUUCACCGCAAUCGAUGAUGGAAGUGACCAUGGGGAAUACCCCAGUUGUUCCAGGCAGUGUAUUCCCACAGCCAUCUGUGUUGCAGCAAUCUCGACCAAUGCCAUUCAGCCAGCCUCCAUUCGAUUUCAGUAUCCCAUCAGAUCAAUUACCGCAACUAGACCGACAGUUUGUCUACGGCUCAUUCACUGGCUUCGAUCCCACCUCCUUUGUCUCGCCCAACCCUCCCAUCCCACUGGUUAAUGGUGUCGAAACACAGCCUCCAGACCAAACAUUGUUCACGGGCCAUCUAGAUCCAAGCGCCCCUGCUGGAACGGGCGAGUUCUACCAGCCCAGCGCAUGGUUCCUGCCUUUCAAUCUUGACCCUAUCUGCGAUGGACACCCACCACACAGCCAGAACCCGGCUCCCAUACCUGGGGGAGGCAAUGGCAGCGGCGCGUCCUCCGGACUUCCCUCUGUGCCAGACAUUUCCGGUCUCGGGGGAGCCGGCGGUAUGCCUUUAAGCGCAUACGAUCUAGGUUUAACAGGAUCAGAUAUGAAAGGCUCACGGUAA